AUGACAGCAAAAGCUAAAGAUGAAGAGAAUAGUCACCAGCGACAUUGGUCAGAUGAGGAAUUCGAGGUGCCAUCCGAAUCCGGGACGUCCGGUCAGCCUACCUUAAGGUCAAUUCCUACUAAACGUCGUUUUAGCGGUGAUUCGAGCGACGACGAAACCUCGGGAUUGGGACCGCAAAAGAAACUUUGUCGAUUUUUCUUUCUGGACCAUUGUUCGAAGGCAAAUUGCCGAUAUAUGCAUUCAGAAUUCCCAUGUAAAUAUUAUUACUUUGGAUUGAAGUGCUCUGAAGGACAUCGUUGUAAGCUGCGACAUGGAAAGGCAUUGCAGCCGGACAUGCAAGAAGCGCUUUGGAAUCAUGUAAGAACCGCUCCGGCCAACAUGCUUCAGCGUUUUCCAUGCUUUCCAGAAGUGAUUCUCCAAAAGACCUUUGAUGAACGCCAUAGAGAAUUACUGUUGAUGGAACAAGAAGGUUUAAUUGAAGAUAACUAUUUUCCUAAAAUAGAACCGGCUUACCCAGUUUAUUCUACUCUAAUAAGCGAAGCAAUCAAAACCCAGCUGCUAGAGGAAGCGGUGGGGCUGGCGAGUGAAUUGAAGGAUAUUCUGACGUGCCGACAGAUUGUAAGUUUGGCUAAUAACGGUGUUCGAAGCAAGAGUGAACUGCUUGCAUUAAGCGCAACUAAACUAGUAAAUUUGGGUAUUGACAAUGAUACGUUGAUGAAAGUUAAGAACUUCCCCGUUGACUGUCAAGAUUCAUGCUUAAAUGAGGUUAAGAUUUCAGCGGACAAAGCGAACAUUGCAGAUUUAGAGCUGAGCGCACCCAAGCUCGAAGAACAAGCAGUCUCAGCCGUAACAUCGGUUGAGAAACAGGAAUUGCAAAACAAUUUGAAUGAUGACACGAGCUCAUCGACUGUUUCUAUUACAAGUUCUUUUGAGAUAACUCCAACAUCCUCCAAUAACUCCAAUGACGAAGGAAACGAGACUUUAAGCAACUGUUUGGACAAAUGUACUGUGAACUUUAAGGAGAAAAAUUCGGAACAACCCGCAGUAUUUCGUAUUGGCAGUUUGUUAAAUCAAGGAUAUACUCUAAGUCAAAUGGAGUCAUUGGAAAAAAAGCAAGGAGUUCAUUUAACACUAACAGGCACUACUGAGUAUAAAGCUACUCAUAGCGAAAAUCUAGGAGAUCUCGAUUCAACAGCUAUUGAAAGUUUUGAAAGCGAUGGAUAUGAUAAAUUACAACAAAUGUUAAAUUCAGAAAAUGAAGAUCCCAAUAACAGCAAUUUGGAAUCCGCCAAGAGGAUCCUUGAGCAAAUUCGUAAAUUGGAUUCUUUUGCUAGCGACGGUAAAGAGGUUGAUGUAGCCUGGAAUAACACGGAGAGUGAUCUACCCGUUGACAUUAUGAAUACUGACACGUCAGUAGUAGACUCAGCUUUUCAAACCAACUACAACAACGACAAUCAAACUGGUUUGCCAAUUCCUUUUCAAUCUAGUAUCGAUCAGUAUACGCCGGCUCAGGAGAUCGAAGCAUCUUGCGGAAAGUUUCCGUUCGUUUCCUACAGUUUAAUUCCAAUCGACAUUCCUGUACCAAAUUUGCAACGCGUUCGGCAAUCGUUCGAAGUUGAGCCUAAGUAUAGCUUGGAUCCACGUAUCCGAAUAAUGUUUAACGUGGGUUCCUCUGAAGCACGUCCGUGCACUGAUGCUUUGAAGAUAAGCGCGCGGGACCCGCGCUUGAACAAACAACAGGCGCCAUAA